CAGUGGAGAAUGUUUCUUCACCAGUGGGUGCUUAAUUUAACAAAAGAUUUUAUUUUGAUAUUUAUUUAGACAUCUGCUCUCUCACAGGCUGGAAGCCAAGAAGGAAUCACCUUCCUCGUCCUGGUGACGUAAUCAAAUCGCGACGACACACGUUGAGGAAGCAGCUUGUUACUAUGUUGAUAAACAGUUACUAUUUGGGGGUUUAACAAGGUGUCUCUAAGCCGUUUGUUCAUGACUCCCUCGGUGAUGAUGCAGGCGGUCAGCCGGGCACUGCGCUGCUACAGAGGGUCUUCAUUUCCCACAGUGAGGGCCGUGUGUGCGCUCCGUCCUGCCGCAGCACAGCGGACAGACAGCAGGACGAGAGCCUCCACAGAGCCCAGCCGCGGGGUGUGCACCGUGACGGCUGCUCACACACACGAACCCGGACACACCUGCAGAGGACUGUCAACCACACCGGGCCGCAGAGGAGACACCCUGGGCAGGAUUCAGUCCACGCAUUAUCAGCUGGUGUACACGUGCAAGGUUUGCUCCACCAGAUCAAUGAAGCGGAUUUCCAAGAUAGCCUACCACAAAGGUGUCGUCAUAGUGACCUGCCCGGGAUGUGAGAAUCACCACAUUAUUGCUGAUAACCUGGGCUGGUUCUCUGAUCUGCAAGGAAAGAGAAACAUCGAAGAAAUUCUCGCGGCCAAAGGGGAGACCGUGAAAAGGAUCGAAGGAGAUGCAGCUUUGGAGAUAGUGGUGGAGGAAUCCAGUGAAGACAAGUCACAGAGUGGCCAAGACACAGACAGUAACCCCCAAAAACCAUGAAGCUGUGUCCGUGUGUACAUUGUGAGCGUGUGAUUUAGUCUGUCCUAAUAAAUGUUAUGUACAUAUGUUUUUUAAAUUAACUUUUUAUGCAUUCUAAGCAGGAAAUGGAGAUAAAGAGAAAUAAAGCGAGAGAUUGCACCCAG